AUUAGUUGGAAUUAACAACGUUUCAGUCACCAACAUUCUGUUAAUCAUUGAGGAAAAUCGACUGCUCGGAUUUGAACUGAAUAAUGGACGAAAAUUGCAAGUGAAAGAGAUGACCAUUUACUCUGACAGAGUCUACUGAUGCCUCGGAACAUGGAGAGCCGUUGCGCUCGGGAGGUCAGCAACGAAGAACAUGAAGUCACGUUACAUUUAAAUGGAACUGGCAGUGCCACGUAUACCAGUCUUAAAGUCCUUAUUUCGUUAUCACCUAGAAAGUUAUGCACCUAAGUCAGGUUGUGUGUGCACCCUUUGCCAGCAGUUUCUGACAAAACGCAAAGUCCAUCCGAUGGCCGGACUUAAAGGCAACUGCUUAAAUUAUGACCCACAGAAAGAAAGUGGCAGCAAUUUCGCGCGUGUCCAACCUGCGGGUGAGUCGCAGUGUUGUUGUUCCAAUGACAAGCGAAGCGCUGGGAUUGGUCCACCGAAUUAUUCCAUACACCCCAACAUGCUUGCAUCAACCAAACCGUCCAAGGUGGACUACGUCCAGAGGACAAAUCCAUCCUUCGAGUCCCGCCUGGUUUGUACGUCAGUGUGA